AUGGCCGAGAAAAAGGCGGACGCCCCGGCAGCUGGCAUGCUCUGGGGGGGCAGGUUCACAGGUGCGAUUGAUCCUCUCAUGUAUAAGUACAAUGCCUCCAUCCAGUACGACAAGGCUCUUUACAAGGAAGAUAUCCUUGGAUCGAUUGCCUUUGCCAGAGCCAACUCAAAGGUUGGCAUCGUCAGCGAAGACGAAUUUCAGGCGAUUGAGCGUGGUUUGCUCCAAGUGAUGGAAGAAUGGAAGCAGGGAACUUUCGCUAUCAUGCCGAACGACGAAGAUAUUCAUACGGCAAACGAACGUCGCUUAGGAGAGGUUAUCGGCAAGGACAUCGCGGGUAAGCUGCACACAGGUCGCAGCCGCAACGAGCAAGUUGUCUGUGAUAUGCGCAUGUGGUUACGGGAUCGGAUCCGCGAAAUCGACAGCCAACUCGUUGCAUUCCUCAGAGUCAUUGUCACACGUGCCGAGUCUGAAAUCGACUACAUCAUGCCUGGAUACACCCAUCUCCAGCGUGCCCAGCCAGUUCGGUUUUCUCAAUGGCUGAUGUCAUAUGCCGCUGCGUUUAAGCAGGAUCUUGAGCGGUUGCGCCAAGUUUUCGAAAGGGUUAAUUUAAGUCCACUUGGUUGUGGCGCUUUAGCUGGCAAUCCAUUCGGGAUUGAUCGAAAUAUGAUAGCUGAGGAGCUUGGGUUUAGCGGAAUAACCUUGAACUCCAUGAAUACUUCGGCCGAGCGCGAUUUCCUACUCGACUUUCUUGUCUGGAACUCGAUUUUCACCAACCACGUUAGCAGGUGGGCUGAGGACCUCAUCAUAUAUUCGACAUCUGAGUUCAGCUUCGUGCGGCUGGCCGACGCCUAUUCUACGGGUAGCUCUUUGAUGCCCAACAAAAAAAACGGGGACUCGUUAGAGCUUUUGCGCGGCAAGUCAGGCCGUGCUUUCGGUCAAAUGGCUGGGUUGAUGAUGACUCUGAAAAGCUUGCCAUCUUGCUAUAAUAAAGAUCUCCAGGAAGGGUGGGAGCCUAUGCUGGAUUCGGUUCAGACUGUGUCGGACAGUCUAGGUAUAGCCAAUGGGGUCCUGUCUACAUUAAAGGUGCGGCCGGAGCGGAUGGAGGCUGCUCUGGACAAAACGAUGCUAGCUACUGAUGUCGCAGAGUGGUUGGUGAGGAGGAAAUGUCCGUUCAGAGAGGCUCACCACAUCUCUGGACGCGUCGUUGCACUGUCUGAAAAGCUGGAAAUUUCGAUGGACAAGCUGACCCUUGAGCAACUGCAAGCCAUUGAUUCUCGGUUCACAGCAGACAUUGCGGAGGCAUUCGAGUAUGAAACGAGUGUUGAGGCAAAAUCGUCUAAAGGCGGUACUAGCCGAUCAAGCGUGCUGGAGCAGAUCCAGGUACUCAGGGCUAUGUUAGAUUAG